CGUUCUACCGUACUCUAUAUGCUUUGCAUUGUUUUUAGCAAUGUGCUAGAUGAUAGAUCUGUCUGUUCAACAAGGUUAAAAAAUCCAUGUCUCCGGCAGAAAUGAAUGCUAGAUGUUCAAGGUGUUUUUUGCUAACUUUCUUAAUUUCCCUCAACAUAUGUCUUAUUUUAUUGGGCCAAGCAACUGCAGAGAAAAAGCUGAAGUUUGUUGUUCUGGUAUUUCGCCAUGGUGACAGGAGUCCAGUUGGUACAUACCCUAAUGACAAGUAUAAAGAAGACUUUUGGCCUGAUGGGUUUGGACAGCUCACUCAGCUAGGAAUGGAGCAACAUUAUGAGUUUGGAAAAUAUCUGAGAAAGAGGUAUUCUGGGUUUCUGAACCAGACUUACAGCAGCAAUGAGGUUUAUGUAAGAAGCACAGACAUGGAUCGUACACUAAUGAGCGCCCAGGCAAAUCUUGCUGGUUUGUUCCCACCCAUUGGGAAGCAAGUAUGGAACGCUAAUUUCACAUGGCAACCAAUACCUGUGCAUACAGUGCCAUUGUCAGAAGACAAUAUACUUUUCAUGCCAGUACGAAACUGCCUCCUUUACAACCAGCUGCAAAAUGAAACUUUUACAUCGACUGAAUAUCAAGCUCUUUUAAAGCCUUAUAAGGACUUUAUAACAACUAUACAAAAUUAUACUGGCUACCCACCUGAGCAAUCAAAUGAUCAUUUCUCCGCGUGGCUAAUAUAUGAUACUUUGUUAUGUGAGAAAAUUCAUAAUUACUCUCUUCCUGAAUGGGCCACAGAUGAUGUCAUGGAUAAACUCUUGCAUCUAUCGGAAAUAUCCCUGUCGGCUUUUUACGGAAUAUACAAGCAUCGUGAAAAAUCCAGAUUGCAAGGAGGUGUCCUUCUGAACACAAUUUUACAAAAUAUCACAAAUGCUGCAAAAACUCCAUCUGGAAAACUGAAAUUAAUAAUGUAUUCUGCGCAUGACACCACUGUUGCUGGUCUCCAGAUGGCUCUAAAUGUAUCAAAUGGGAAACUCCCUCCUUAUACCGCUUGUCAAUUUUUUGAGCUUUACCAGGAUGACGAAAGCAACUACAGUAUUGAAAUGUACUACCGGAAUGACUCGUCAGCAGACCCAUACCUAAACAUUUUGCCAGGAUGCUCUUCAUCAUGUCCUUUGGCACAAUUUACUGAGCUGACAUCCUCGAUCAUUGUGCAAGACUGGGAUAAAGAAUGUGGAGCUAAAGUAGAGAAUAAGAGCGAAGGUGCUGUUAUUGGACUGUCUGUUGCUGUGUUUAUCCUAAGUGUUGUGAUUAUUGGUCUUUUGAUUAUAUUUUAUUACUUCAGAAAACGUCUGGGCAUUUCCAGCUACCAGACUGUGUAAUGAGAGACUAUACAUAAUUACAAUUAUAAUAAAAUGUUAUUUGGGUAAGUCAAGGCUAAUUGAAAUAUGGGACUUUAGUAAAUGCCUACUAUGUAUUUUAAAACAACACAACACGUUUAUUUCUGCAUAAGAAAAGGUAUAGGGGGAAUUCAGUUAGACACAGAGUUUAGCCUUUUCCUGCGCAGUAAACCAAGGGUCAACCCACAGAAUCCCGUACGUUAAACCCCCGAUGGUGCCUUUUUCUCUCAGACUUUUCCUCACAGCUCUUGAGGCUGCAAGGAAUAGUCCAUCCUCGGCGUGGGUAAUCCCCACUAAAUGAAUCACCCUUGUGCGGUAAUCCACGUAGCUGAUUGAAUUCCCAAAUAAUUGAUGACUUCGUAGAACAUUGAAUAUAUAAACUUGCAUAAAUUUCCUGCAUUUACUAGAACCAGUAUUAUGGUAUGCAUGGUUAAUGCCUCACAGUCAUCCAGGUCCCAAACAACUCUUCAUCUUAUUCAGUAUAGGGUUAUUCCAUGUCAGUUCACCCAGGCUAUGACACCUACUGACUCCGAUUUUCAUGAAACUUUGUACACUUGAUACUACUAUAUAGCUACAACCCCAUCUUUUCUAGACUUCACAGUUUUUCAGCUAUUGGGAGACAAAGUUUCGAAAAAAUUCCUCGGAAUUUACACUCCUGAUGCUACAGUUUUAUGUGAGGUGUAUGUGAGGAAAAAAAUCUCAGUCCUCAAUCCACAUACAGAGGUGUCCUUAUAAAGUUUGCGCGGGUUAUAAGCAGCGGCAUAACAUACUGGUGCGGGCACGUGUGUACAAACCAACAGUAAGCACACAGACACUGCGGGUAGGGGAAGCGAAGCUCCUGCUACCCGCACCUAGAAGGGGGAGCAAGCAGCACUGCUCCGCUAUGCUCCCACUACUGCUGGGUCCGUCGGAGUGAGUGGGAGCAUGCAUAUGCAAGUGCCCGCUGGUUAUUGUACUGCGGGCGCUACGCUGUGCCAGGCAGGGCAGUAGAGAGUCUGGCUGGGCCCUGGUACUUUUCAAAGGAUGUUGCCUAAUCACAGGAGUUACAACCAUGUACCCUUAGAAAAAAAUACAGUAAAAAAAUAUUUUAAGCGCCUCCCUGGCCACACUGCAGCCAAGCACAAAGAAGCGUGUGCUGGGCUGAGGAGAAGAUCAGCUGCUGCUGCCAGGUAGGGGGGAUGGGACCACGGCCCCACUGGGCCCCUCCAUCAGACCUGGCCUGGGUAAUUAGUACCCUCCCCACCUCUGCAAUGCAUCAAAAUAAGCUGCAUAAAGCAGCAAAGAUGCAAGCAGACACAUCUGUAUCACUUUUAAAUUCUGACCAUCAAAAUAUCACUCUUGCCUGACUCUGAGAGUCAUUACACAUUCCUUUACUUCAUACUUACUUUAUUUUUUGUACCAAAAAAAUAAUUAGGUUCAAUAAGCAUUAUCUACCUAAGGCAGAUAAGUUAUCAUGUCCCUUUUUGUUUAAAUUAAACCAUAAAGUAUAUUUUAAAAGGCUAUGAAAGAAAAAUAAUGGGAUUUUGAUUGCCUGUCUGUGUAUUUUAAUGUUUAAUCAUAAUUGUCUCUUAAAAACAGUAGUUGUGGCACUCAGAACGCCUACAUUAGUCGUGCCACACAGACCGCCCACAGUAGUCGUGCCACACAGAUCGCCCACAGUAGUAGUGCAACACUUAAUGCACCUUACACUUAUGUCCACAGGAGGAGGGGAGAGAGGGGGGAGUGCGGUAUUUACCACUAACAGGUCAGCGGGACAGUGCUGCCGAUGCCGCUGCCAAAGUGCAGCUGGGACAAGAUAGGAGGGAAGGAGCCGGAGGGCCCGAGCCGGAGACCUGCACUGGAGCUGCGCUUCACGCUGCUUGCAUCUGUCAGACACAGUGGCAGCCAGCAGCAACAGCAGAGCGGGGUGAGUGUCUCUUCUGCCGGGGGUGGUCUUCAGUAUGCUGUCUGUCGGGAUCCCGGCGCAUAGUAUACCAGCGCUGGAAUACCGACAGAUUUUCUCCCUCAUGGGGGUCCACGACCCCCCUGGAAGGAGAACAAAUAGCUUGGCACGCGUAGCGCGCCACACUGCCCGCAACGUUGCGAGCGCAGCGAGCCCACAAGGGGCUCAUUUGCGCUUCCCACGCUGUUGGUAUGCCGGCAGUCGGGCUCCCGGCGCCGGUAUGCUGGU